UGAUACACGCCUCCUUACAACUUCCGCUAAUGAACGACAACUUUUGCAACGUAGGAAUGCACAGAUUCGGCAAAACUGUUCCAUCGUGACAAUGAAGAAAAUUACAACACAUAAAAAGAUUGAAAUUCCAUGGCACAAUCUGUAAACUUUACCAUGGACCCCCAGGGAAAUGGUCAUGCAGCUGGUUUAUCAGCGAAUGCAGCAGUAUUUAUACCUCGUAAUUAUGGCCCUCCGAUACCACCCUUACAAACAAUACCUACUUACAUGACCAACUGCUUUCCGUUUGUGCAGCCAGAUUUUAAUGGAAACAGACUGGGUGGAAACCAUGGCAACUGGUCCAGACAACAUAGACCAAACAGAUUUGGAAAUAGAAACAAUUCAGGUCACCAUGGAAACAGAUUUCCUACUCCAAACAAAUUUUCAGAACCACCAUUGUUCCCAUUCACAUCACCACCACCUCAAGAUCCAUAUUUCAAUCAGUUCAUGCCACCUCCAAAUAAUUUUCUCAUCAAUAAUAUGACAUCUCUUCCUGUCAUGCCCAGUGAUGGAGAGUCAGGAUUUGAAAAUGAUAUCAACAGCAAUAAUUUCUCAUCAAACAGCAGACGCAGACGAAAUCAAAGAGAUAAAAACAGUAACAAUAUUAAUAACAAUAUAUGGCGAUCCAAUGAGAGUAUAGGAACAGAUGAUAGUGGGAGGAAAACAGACAGUUCUAAUAGACAGCGAAGAAGAACAAAUUCAGGCAAAAAGGGAGGAAGUAAGAAAGAUUCUCCAAGAGCUCCUGUUUUAGUUCUGUAUGAGCGAGAAGUGCAAACAGAUUUUUCCGAGAACUUUGCAUAUAAGACUUUAGAGGAGCAUCCGAGUUCAUUAUACCGUAAAUCACAUAGAAGAAAUAUGCGACAAAAUGACAAUAGAGAACGGGAUAUCAAUUCAGACAGUGGUUACUCAAGUCCUCUUCAUAAGAGAAACCAGAUAACAAUUGGUACCCAAUCUGAUUCUACACUGUCAUGGAAGUUGACCUCUAAUUCUAUCCAAUCAGAUGAUCCAUCUAUAGUUCAUGCUGCAACAGUUCCUCAGCAAAAGUUUUCCUAUGCUUUCAUUGCUCAAAAAGAACCUAGUCCAAGACCUGUGAUAAACCAAGAUAAUCAGAAGAGUGCAGAAAGUGUAAGAACAGGACAACAGAAAUCAUCAAAUAAUCAAAACAAAGGAAAACCAAGUUCUGGAAACCAUGGAAAUAGAUCACAUGAUUCUCAAUUAGCCAAUAGGAACACUUCUAAUACAUAUGAUUUAAAUAAUCAACAUAUCAACAAACAUGCCAACAAAAAAUCAGAAGUUAGUGAUAAAUUUCAGGGAGAUAUUCAAACAAAAAGAAAUCAGGUGAGAAAGACUGGACAAACAAACUCUGAUGAGGAAACAAGAGGCUUCUCAAGGAAAGGAACUACUUCCUUAGAUGAAAAUGAUUAUGGAUUUUCAAGGACUAAAAAUUUACGCUUGGAUAAGCAAGGUGAAAGAAAACAAUCGCAUGAAUCAAAUUUUAAUAAAAACAUUCUGAAGGAGGACAAAAAGAAGGAAAAUGGAGAGAAUUUAGAAAAUGAAUUUAUUGGAAAUGAAGCCGCAGGUGAAAGUGGAGCACAGGGCAAAAAGAAACGUAGACGACGAAGAAAACGAAAAAAGAAGAGCACAGAUGACCCAGCAGAUUCACAAGAUGAAGCUGAUCUUGAACCAAAACAGGAAGUGGAGCUACAUUUUGAAGAUGUGGAAGAAUUUCCUGACUUAAGUAGUGCUAAAGCUUUAAGCAAUAAGUCUUCUGCUGUAGGAAUAUCUUAUAGUGCCAUAUUACAGACUGUACCUGUUAGCAGGCCUUCUACAGUAGAGAGGAAUAAAACAAGUUCCUCCGAAGAUUCUCCAAGAAAAGAUAACUCUAGUUUGGAAGACAAAGGUACAAGAGCAAGCAGAAGAAGAAGGAAAAGAAAAGAUAUACUCAAUACGGCAGCUGAGAAUGAACUGGCAGAGAUAGGCCUAGAACAGCAAAUGUUGAAAGAACAAUGUCUAAAAACCCAAGGACAAAAAAGUCACAAAGAUGAGAAAGGACAGACACCUGGAAUAUUGAAAGUUAAUCCAAAAGCUCAGAAUUCUGGAAAAAAAUCAAAACAAAAUGUGUCAUUAGAUCUUGGGGCUGUUAUUGAUGCACUAGAGCAAAAAAAGACAAUAAGUUUAACAUCUGGUGCUAGAACAGAACAAAAAGUCAAAGCGGAACAACCAAAGAACAAAGAGGAACAGAAAUCCAAAGGAAGUCACAAUGUUUUAGAUGCUAGUGCUCCUAUAAAACGUGGAAAAGAGAGAGAAACGCCAAAGGCAAAGAAACCCAGUCCAUUAAAAAAGGUGAUAUUGAAAGAGAGAGAAGAGAAGAAACAUUUAAAGAUGUUAGAAGGAACAGAAUCAGGAUCAACAGAAGCAGCUGUUGGUAUUGGUGUUGUAAGUGCUGAAAGUGAUCUGUCUCAAGAUGCCAUGAGUACAAAGAGUUCAAUUGAUUACACUGGUACCCCAGGAAGUGCAAACCUGUCUCCAGUCAGUCAGACUUCACCUAUUAGCAUGAGUCCACUGUCUCCUGGAACCAGUCCAUUAAGUUCAGAGGUCAAUAGUCCUAUAGCAGGGGCUGUUGGGAAGGAUGUGGUUAAAAAGAUACACAGCAGAAGAUUUAGAGAAUAUUGUAAUCAGGUGUUAGAUAAAGAUAUUGAUGAAUGUGCCACUACUUUACUACAAGAUCUGGUUAGAUUCCAGGACAGAAUGUACCACAAAGAUCCUUCUAAGGCAAAGUUAAAACGAAGACUGGUGCUUGGUUUAAGAGAAGUUGCAAAACAUUUGAAAUUGAGGAAGAUAAAAUGUGUCAUCAUUUCACCAAAUCUGGAAAAGAUUCAAUCAAAAGGAGGACUAGACGAUGCUUUGAACAACAUCUUGACUUUAUGUAAUGAACAGAAUGUGCCGUUUGUAUUUGCCUUAGGAAGAAGAGCUCUUGGUCGUGCCUGUGCUAAAAUGGUUCCUGUUAGUGUUGUAGGAAUAUUCAACUAUAGUGGCUCAGAGGAGAACUUUAAACAGCUUAUAGAUCUGACGGCCAAAGCAAGGGAAUCUUACGGGGAAAUGGUGGCUGCCAUUGAGAUAGAAAUCAAAGAAUAUCCAAUGAAGAAACAGCAACCUACCAUACCACAUGUGUUUGCCCACAUGGGCCACUCACGCACACCCUCGGGAGCAAGUGUACUUUCUUUUACAAGUAGUAUCUUAUCUGAACCUAUCUCAGAGAACUACCCUCACUCUGAACCAGAGACUGAUAGCAAAGGCUAUGAAAUAGUUAAAGAUGAUGCAUUAAUCAAACAAGGAUUACCGACUGAUUCCUCAGGGUACCAGACACAGAUGAGGAUUAUUCAUUCUAAUACGAAAAAUAACGACGAUGAUGGGAAUGAGGCUGACAAUGAGGAAGAAGGCGACAGAAUCAACAAAAACAGUCUGCGUAAAAGUGAGGAGAAUCUGUCUCUGGACGCUAGUGCUUUACCACACAUUGAUUCUAUACACAGCGGUCCACAUGAUCUCAACACUGAAAUCCUCUCACAACAUUCGGGACGCACGUUGGAAAAUUGUGAGGCAAUGUCUACUCAUUCCUCCAGAACGUUAGGUGACGGUAGCUCAACCAUUCUGGCAGAUUUUGGCGACCGGUCGAAACAUGGCACACCAAAAAGUACCGAAAGUCCGAGUAAUACGUUACAACGAGGGAAAGUUGUUGAUGAAGAAAGAAUACAGCAUUGGGUUGAUGAAACAAGUUCUAGGUUAGAAAAUUUAGCCUUGGAAGAAGAGAGUUAUGAGGAUAGUACAGAUGAAAUGACGGAAAGUGACGAGUCAGACGAAAAAUACAAUUUUGAAAUGCAUAAUGAAGAUAAUAAAAAAAAAAUCAUUCAUUAUUCUGCUGGUGAUACAGAAAAUAAAAAUAAUGAACUUCCCGAAAAUUCUAAAAAGUUGUGUGAUAGUAAAACUGAUAUGGAAAAAGUUAGUGAAAAGCUUCAGAAAAUUGCUUCAGAUAGUUGUGAUGGCGAACAAAUAAAUAGUAAUGCCAUACCAAGCAGUUGUGAUAUUGUAAAUAGCUCUGAUAAUUCAAUGGUGGAGAUAGAAACUGAUUCUAAAAACUGUUCAGAAAAAUCCGAUAUAGAGGAUUCUAAUCCCCUUUCUGAAAAUUCUAAUAUGGCUGACUGUAAAAUCAAUACAGAAAAAGCCAGCACAGAUAUUAGUACUGGUGAUGCAAUAAAGUCCUCUGAUCAACUAAAUGUUAUUUCAGAUACAACUAAAGACCUUACUAGAGACACAAACUUAGAUAAGAACACAACUUCACCUAAAAAUGUUGAAAUCCACUUUGAUUAAAUAGAAUUCUGCAUGUUG